AUGGUGGUGCAAGAUCUGUGGCGAACAGGCUGCGAAUGGGAUGACGAAGUAGACGACGAGAGUCUUCGUAAGUGGGAACGCUGGACGGGUCUGUUGCCGACGGUGGAAGACAUACGUAUACCUCGCUGUUACUUCAAAGACGCUCGCUCAACGUCCAUCAACUCUCUGGAGCUGCAUGUUUUUACUGAUGCAAGCAUUCACGCAUACGGUUGUGCUGCCUACUUCAGAGCUGUAAUCGACGGAGAUGUAAGGUACUCGCUGGUGAUGUCACGUUCGAAGGUGGCUCAAUUAAAACUACAGUCAGUUCCACGUCUCGAACUGAUGGCUGCUGUUCUCGGGGCGAGGAUGCUGCAAACGGUAAGAUUAAACCAUUCACUUACCAUUUCAAAAUUCGUUCUUUGGAGUGAUUCGCAAACGGUGCUGAGCUGGAUCCGGUCAGAUCAGCACAAAUACAAGCAAUUCGUUGCUUUCCGAAUCUGUGAAAUAUUGGAACUGACGUCUACUAACGAUUGGAGGUAUGUUCCGUCCGAUUUGAAUAUCGCCGACGUCGUUACGAAAUGGAGACAAGGACCACCACUGGAAUCAGACGGUCCAUGGUUCAACGGUCCACAGUUUCUACAUAAACCAGAGUCAGAGUGGCCCGAGCAGCAGAAACCGAAGUUCAACGUCUUGGAAGAGAUGAAAGCAUGCAUGCUGUUCCACGACGCCGGUUAUCCGGUUAUCAACGUCAACGUAACGUCACGGUGGUUGAGGUUGAUUCGAAUAGCAGCCAGCGUAAUUCGGUUCAUUGUCAACUGUCGGCGAAAAAUAGCUAGGCACCCAAUCCUAGUAUCGAAGGCGGGACGCAACUUGGAGCGUUCUGUAAUAGCGAAACCGGAAUCCAUCUGGUUGCCGCUGCUUCAAGACGAGCUCCAAGCAGGAGAAAUUAUGCUUGUGAAACAAGCCCAGCAGGACAGCUUUGAGGAAGAAUUGAAGAUAUUGGAGACCAGCCGUGGACGCAACCCGGAUCAAUCGCCGGUACUCGUUGACAAGUCAAGCUGGCUCUACAAGCUGAGUCCGAUCAUCGAUGCCAACGGAAUUGUGCGCAUGGGUGGAAGAUUGGCGCUAUCGGAAUCGGUUCCUUUCGAUACGAAAUUUCCGGUAAUUCUUCCCAAGCGACAUCAGAUCACAAGUAUGAUCAUCCAAUAUUACCAUGAAAAAUAUGGUCAUGCCAACAAGGAGACCGUGUUCAACGAACUUCGUCAACGCUUCUACAUCCCACAGCUUCGAGCAACCAUUUUGCUAGUCGUGAAAGACUGCAUGUGGUGCAAAGUCAACCGAUGUCAGCCACAAGUUCCGGUGAUGGCACCACUUCCGGUUCAACGGGUCACGCCGCAGUUGCGCCCCUUCAGCUCGGUCGGAGUUGAUUAUCUGUGUCCUGUAGAAGUAUUGGUCGGUCGUCGAAGAGAGAAGAAAUGGGUAGCUCUGUUCACUUGCCUUGCAGUACGAGCCAUUCACCUCGAAGUGGUGCAUAGUUUGACCACGCAAGCUCGUAUGAUGGCGAUAAGGAGGUUCAUCUGUAAGCGAGGUUCGCCGGACGAAUUCUUUCCGGACAACGGAACCAACUUCAAAGGUGCAAGCAAUGAGAUGUACAAAACGAAGCAGAAGGUCAGUACAGAAUGUGCGGAAAGUGUCACAAGUCCAGCAAUCAAGUGGCAUUUCAUCCCUCCCGGAACACCCCACAUGGGGGGUAGCUGGGAAAGAAUGGUGAGAUCUGUUAAGGAAGCUAUGAGAGCUUUAGACGACGGCAGAAAGCUAACGGAUGAAAUACUCUUGACCACGUUGUCGGAGGCGGAGGAUAUGGUUAAUUCACGUCCGUUGACAUAUCUUCCACAAGAAACUGAAGAAACCGAAGCCAUCACACCAAAUCGUUUUUUGCGCGGGGCUGUCAAGGAUGAGGAUCAGAUUUUCGAUGGGGAUGUUGAACUGGCAGAUGCUCUGAGGAACGUUUAUAAGCGGUCACAGUACCAGGCCGAUAGGAUGUGGAAGAGGUGGAGCAAGGAGUACCUACCCAGUAUCAAUCGGAGGACAAAGUGGUACGAAGAGCGAAGACCGUUGCAAGUGGGAGAUUUGGUGUUCAUAGUAGAUGGUGCACAGCGGAAGAAUUGGGUCCGCGGAAUAGUUGAAGAGGUUGUAGAAGCUGUGGAUGGCAAGAUCCGGCAAGCCAUGGUGAAGACAAAUAAAGGCGUAUUUCGGAGAGCAGUGGCCAACCUAGCCGUAGUGGAGAUUCCCGGUAAUUCCAGGACAUCCGGCAAAGCGGAACCGGAGUUACGGGCUGGGGUGUAA